AUGGGGACCAACGAACAGCUCCAAGUAGCCAUCGUCGGCGCUGGCAUCGCCGGCUUGACGUCGGCCAUCGCGCUGAAGGCGCACCCUGGUAUCAACGUUCAGAUUUUUGACAAGGCGAGGGAACUGCGAGAGGUUGGCGCGUCGAUCGCGCUUGGUCCGAACGGGUUGAGGACGCUGGAGAAGCUGGGCAUUCACAACGCGCUGGAUGAUGAGAUUGCUUUCCGCAAUAAGUCGGGCUAUCCCAUGAUCUACCGCCAAUGUCUCAAACCUGAUUGCAUGCUUAUGAAGAGAAGUCACUACAAGACGGGAGAGAUCGUCUCAGUUGACGAACAUCACGGCGAUGUCGAACCACGCCACAAGACAGCCCGCUUCCACCGGCCACACCUACAACAAGCGCUGCUCAAGCACAUCGACCCCUCGCAAAUUCACCUAAAUAAAGCCUUCUCAAGCAUCUCAAACGACGAGGUCACAGGGAGACUCAACAUUACAUUCACCGACGGCACAGCCACCACGGCAGACAUCCUCCUCGGCGCCGACGGCAUCCACUCCGGCGUGCGGAGCUUCUACGUGCCGUCGUCCCGAUCAAAGUGGACCGGCUGGACGGCCUUCCGCGCCGUGUACCCCAUCUCGCACCUCGCGCACAUCCCCGACGUCCCAGACGAGGCAGAGCACUGGUGGGGCGUCGACCGGACGUGGUUCAUGUCGAAGCUGGGCCGGGACUUGUUCUGCAUUGUUGCCUCGCAUCAGAGCGACCCGGACGCGAGCGAUGCGCUGUACAAGGACACGGUGUGGAACACGGACAGCGACGUGAAUCUGCUCAAGGAGCAUUACAAGGACUGGCAUCGGCUGGUCAGAGAGAUUAUCGACUCCACGCCGGCGGAUUCGUUGAAGGUGUAUCCGAAUGCCUCGGCGCAUGGGCUGGAGAGCUGGGUUCUUGGGGAGGGGAGGGUGACGUUUGCGGGUGACGCUGCGCAUGCGCAUGGUGGAGCGUUUGCUGCGGGUGGCAGUCUAGCUAUUGAUGAUGCGUGGGCAUUUACGACUGCUAUUCAGCAUGUAUACCCUCCCGGAGCUGCUGAGCUGCCUUCGUCAAGGGACAUUGAGAGGGCUUUGAGGCUGUAUGAGAAGACAAGGAAAGCGCAUACAGAUCGAGUGCUUGAUACGGUGCAUUCGACUAAUAAGAAGAAGGUGGAGAGGGUCGGGAUUGUUGAGACAGACGAGGGACUGAGGGCGAGGAUGAAGAAUCGGGUUGAGCCUGUUUGGAUCCAUGAGCAUGAUGUCGAGGCUGUGUUUAGGAAGGUGCUGGAAGACGAGAGGGCGAGUGAGAGGUCGAGGGAAGCCCCGCCACCAGCACAGAUAGAGAGCCGACUUUAG